AGCACUGGUUAUAGGGACAUUUAUUUUCGUUUUGCGUCAAAGGGGGCGCAAUGUGAACAAAAACGUCAGUAAGCAACUGUGAUAGUUUGGAGUCAUACCCCUGCAAACCUGAACCCCUAAUAACCUUCACAACAGGACCGAUAGGAACUCGUCUUUCUACUGCAUGUCUGCCUUUAAAAUCUUUCGAGAUCUCUUUUGCUUUUGUGACUUUACAGAACCGAAGAAAACUUCGGCCGUUGUUUUUCUCCACGCACCUGCUCCUGUUAUCCAAAGGACCCCGGAGAGUAAUACAAAAUGAAUUCAACAGUUUUCAACAGCACAGACAGUGGUUUGUUUUCAAACAGAAGCAACGGGAGCUUUCUUUCGUCCUCUGUGGUGACUGACAGCGGGGUCGAGGACGAGCGGAGCGCCUUCGUCAUGCGCGCGGUGCAGAUCGCGGUGAUGUGCGUGCUCGCGCUGACCGUGGUUUUCGGCAUUUUCUUUUUAGGCUGUAACUUGCUCAUUAAGUCCGAGGGUAUGAUCAACUUUCUGGUCACGGACAGAAGACCGUCGAAGGACGUUGAAGCGGUUAUCGUGGGACCGUACUAGUGCGUAAAAGUUGGAUAGGCACGAGAAAGGUGGGACGCGCGCGCCGGAGAUGAGAGAUCCGUAUUGCUCUUCAGAAAUGUUUGAAAGGUGCGCUGUUUCUUCUGCCAGCGUUUAAAAAUCUGGGACAUUACAUUGAUAUAUUCUUUUUUUUUUCAUUAAAGAGAGUACGCCUGGAACAACAUACAGUUAAAUGACUGAAUUAAUUUUCUGGAUUUAAAUUAUACAGCCAAAAUAUAUUUACCACUAAAACUACACAACCACAAGACGAGGGCAUAGCUGUACUCUUUGUAAGUUUGGUGUUUUCAGUGGGUUCACUAAUGAAAAGACAAGGACACUUUAGGGGAAAAGGUUGAAAUGAAGAUCUUGUUGACUGAAACUAACUUAGAAUCUUCAUUAAAUGGACACACUUUCUAGGAUAAACGGAUUAUGGGAUUGUUUUGAACCACUCCAUUGGCCACGAGUAAUAAUGAAUAUUCAUGUGAUGAAUACGCUUGGAACAAACUGCUACUUUUGAAUUGCAUGCGUUUUGGAUAAUGCACGAGGACAUUGAAAAUGACGCAAUUCAACGUUUGAAUUAAAUCUUUUACACAGUAGGUGUAACAAAAUAAGUAAUUUCGUUGGAUGCAUAUUUGUGUUUAGUGCAAAACGUGAUAUUUUUGUCCCGUGUUUAAUGUGAGGAGCAUUACAUUUAAAAAUGUAUUUUUUGAAGAAUAACAAAGUUUUAUAUUUUA